GUUAUAAUGAACGUCAUUCUCAUUGUCGAAGAUCGACGUCACAACAAAGAUAGGGCUCUGCAUUUUUUUCUUGAAGAUGACGUCAAACAACAAAGGUCAGAGGUCAGCCAGAGAGUUUGGAGACGCUAAAGAGGCUGCUAUGGAGACGCGAGCUUCAAGAAAACGUGUGAAGGAGGACCCGAAGAAAAGCGCCAACAUCCCCGAGUACCAGAGGGGGGCGUCUGAAACCCCAAGCGGGGGCUCGCUUGUCACCGUCCCCAACAGCGCCCUAUGUACACCUCGCAGGACCACCCCCGCCCCCAGACAGGGACCCCCGGGGCUCCGUAGCCCCUCGCCUGCCAGGUCCAGAGUCAUGAAUCACUCGGAGCUACAGCGGCUGAAUGGGCGUCUGUCGUCCUACGCGGACCACGUGACACAGCUGCAGGUGGAGAACGACCGGCUGAAGCUGCAGCUGGGCACGAUGAAACAUGAGACGGGCAAAAUGCAACAGAUGCACGAGGAGGAGGUUCAGAGCCUGAGAGAGCUCUUGGACAGGUGUAUACAGGAAAAAAAUCACUACAAGAGCAGGGUCCUGAAUCAAAAUGAAGAAAUCCAAAGACUGGUCGGCGAGGUCAAGGCCAAGAACUUGGAGCUGAAAUCUUUCGCGCAAUGUAAGGAGGAGUUGAUACUACUCAAAGACGCGCACAGAGACCUACAGGACGAGCUUGAGGAAAAGACAAAAGACCUACACGAGAGCUGGGGGGACGCCAAGAGGUUGACCUUGGAGCUGCUGAAGCAGAAACGUACGAGCCACCGGCUGGAGGAGCAGGUCAAGGUCAACAAGGACAUGUACCUCAAGGAGCUGGAGCAGGCCAGGUUUAACCAGCACGUGCAGACGCCAGACAAGAGGCUGGAGGAGGUGGGGGAGGGCUAUGACUCACUGGUCAACGAGGCGGUGGUCACCGUGCAGGAGCAACACGCCAGACAAAUGGAGUCACUGAGGACUGAGCUGAACACAUCAUACCAGAACAAACUGAACGACUGGAGAACCAGGUGUGAGACGGCCCAAAACGACCUGGCCACGCUGCGACGUGACAUCAAACACGUCAAGGAUGAGAACAGCACGCUACGUGACAGCGUGACCCACUACAAGGCGGAGAAUUCCUCCCUGGAUGUUCAGCUCCAGGACACAAGGGAUCACAUGAAGGAGCUCAAGGAAUCGUUCGAGAGGGAGAGGUGCUCGACCCAACGCGAGGUGGCGCUGCUGACUCAGGAGCUCAGCGAGAUCAGGCAGGAGUUGGAGGAAGUAGAGCUGGCUAACUGUAGGAUGGAGGCUGAGAUUAGCACCUACAGGCAGAUAGUGGACACUCGGGAGAGCCCCACCUACCUGUCGUACAGGAUCAACAAAGUCGGCGGUUUGAGAUCUCCAACGGGGAAGAGGAAGUGGAGUGAGGUCGAUGACACGCCACCACCACCAUGGGCCAUCGACAACAUGUCUGGCACCAACACUGGACGGCAGCACAUCUUCAGGAUCAAUGAGUUCAGCUUGGGCAUAAACAUCCUGGACAUUGACCCCUGGGGCAUGUACGUCACACUGGUCAACCAGACUAACCACCCAGCUGACCUGUGUCUAUGGAGCCUGCAACAGACCAACCAGCAAAACGAAACGGUGACGUUCUGCAUCACGAAAAGCACCAAGCUGGCCAGCCAGGAGCAGCUGACUAUCUGGAGCUGUGACGCCAGGUCUGUGGGCAGGGGAGAGGUGGCCAGCUGUAGCAGUCUGGUGGUGGCGGCUGACGAGAAACUCAAGCAGGGCAAGCACAUCUCCAUGGCCGACAAGAUGUGGCUGGUGGUGGAUCAGAUGGUCAAGCUCAGGCUAGAGGAUGGGGAUGGUCAGUUGCAGGCCAAGUGUGACGUCAACAGCUAUGAUGACGUCAAACGCCCCAGACUCUCGGCACGACCGUCCUGCACCCAGGUCAAGGCCAGCACCCCCCAGGACUCAAGCACCCAGACGCCCACCCCCCAGGACUCCAGCACCCAGACGCCCACCCCCAAGGACUCCAGCACCCAGACGCCCGCCCCCAAGGACUCCAGCACCCAGACGCCCGCCCCCAACAAUGCGGCGUCAGAAGACACGUCAGUUAAGAGCAACCCCGCGUCUGACGCUGGCACUAGCAAGCCACGCCCCACGAUUAGCCACGACAAAGAUAACUGCCACUGUAUGUAAGCUGUGUGGGAGAACGUUGGUGCUGCUGGGGUGAGGCAGGGGGGUGGGGCGGUCCUAGACUAGUCUCCCUGCUUGGUACUGGGUCCCCCCGUCUCACAACUCCGUGUGUUACAUCAUCUUGGCGCCAAAUCUGUUCGCCAGCAAUCUUUGCGCCACUCUAGUUGACGUUUUCUUUGUUUUGUUUACUAAAGCCAAAUUCUUCUACAAUGUUCCAGUUUUAGACCAGCAUGAUUUUGUCGACUUUACACCAUUCACGUUGAAGGACCAAAGGACGCGACGUUUUUAUAGUUUCGUACUUAUUAUAAUUAUAUAUAAUAUAUAUGCUUUUUAUACUAAAUAAACUUUUAUUU